AUGCUGCGUCAGUGUGUUCGCCAGUUUGUUCAGAAGCUGGUCCGCAGGCGGCCACUGGAGCCCCGGGAGGAGUCUGAGAGUCGCAGAGCUCCGCUGAGCACCCUCGGCCUGGUGCUCUUGGGCGUGGGCAGGACUCUGGGCGCUGGUGUGUACGUCCUGGCCGGCGUCAUGGUCAUGUUCAUCACUGGACCGGCGAUCAUCAUCUCCUUUUUGGUGGUCGCCCUGUCUUCUGUGUUGUCUGGACUCUGCUAUGCCGAACUUUGGGCUUGGGUACCACGCUCCGGUUCUGCGUAUCUCUACAGCUACGUCACCAUGGGAGAACUCUGCGCCUUCAUCAUUGGCUGGGACCUCUUGCUGUAUUUAGUGGCUGCUGCUUCCUGUUUAACAAGGGCUUGGAGUUACACCUUUGACAGCCUCAUUGGGAACCAAAUCUCUCAAGCCUUAGAGAGAACUUUCUCCCCACAUAUGUCCUCUUUCCUGGCCCCGUACCCAGACUUUGUUUCAUUGGGCCUGGUGCUGCUGAUGACUGGACUACUGGGUCUGGGAGCUCGUGUGACAACCCUGAUUAUCAAAGUGUCCACAGGCUUGAACCUUUUUGUUCCCAUCUUCAUGAUCCUCUCUGGCUUCAUUAAGGGAGACCUGCACAACUGGCAGCUCACAGAACAGGACUACAGAUUGAACACAUCUGGAUCCAGCAGCACUUUUAGCUUGGGCCCUCUGGGUUCUGGAGGGUUUGUGCCGUUUGGCUUUGAAGGGAUUCUCCAAGGAGCAGCUCUACUUUUCAUCUCCUAUUUUGGUGUUUAUGGCAUGGUCACUGCAGGGAAACUAGCCCCAAAUCCUCAGCGUUCCAUCCCCUUGAGCAUGGUGAUCUCCAUCUUCAUCGGCUUUCUGGCGUACUCUGGAGUCUCAGCGGCGCUCACCCUCAUGGUGCCCUACUACCAGAUUCACCCUUACAGCCCCUUACCACAGGCUUUCCUCCAGGUCGGAUGGGACCCGGCUGCAUAUGUCAUGGCUGUUGUCUUACUGUGUACCCUUUUAUACAGCUUCCUAUGGGCCAUGGUCUCCAUGUUUCAUUUGAUCUAUGCAAUGGCAGCUGAUGGGCUCCUUUUCCAAGUUCUUGCCCAGAUCCACACCCGUACAGGCACCCCCGUCAUGGCCAUCUUGGCUUCUGGAACUCUGACAGGGUUCACGGCAUCACUCCUCAGCAUCCUUGAUCUGGUGAAACUCAUGUCAGCCGGGGUCCUGCCUGCUUACACCCUUGUGGCUGUUUCCAUACUUGUCCUCAGGUACCAACAAGACAAAAAUUUAAGCAAGAAUGAGAAAAUAAAGGAGGAAAUUGAGAUUGCUGAUAAUGAACCAAGUCCUUCAGAACCUGUACCUGAAGCAGGAACCUCAAGCAUUCUGAAGACUCUGUGGUACCCUACCAGCCCCAUCCCCACCCGGAAAUCUGGCCAGAUUGUCUAUGGAUGUGCCUUCCUGCUUGUUCUCCUGCUGAUAAUCCUGAGCCUGAUCCUGGCCCAGUGGCCCAGCCAGGUGUUCUAUGGAGACCCCGUGCUCACAACAGUGGCUGUGCUGCUGCUGCUGCUCAUCACUGGGGUCACAGUCAUCAUCUGGAGGCAGCCCCAGAGCCCCACUGCUCUUCACUUCAGGGUCCCUGCUCUGCCUGUCCUCCCACUGGUGAGCAUAUUUGUGAACAUUUACCUGAUGAUGCAGAUGGACACUGGGACCUGGGUCCAGUUUGGCAUCUGGAUGGGGAUUGGAUCUGUCAUAUACUUUGGAUAUGGGAUCCGACACAGCUUCAAGGAGAAAAAUGAACAGUCACCAGCCUCCAACUCCCAAAUGCUGGACAAAAAUGUCCCCAGUGAUGAAUCGUCUUAACCAUGAGAAACAGAUGCUGUGUGGAAUACCUCCAUACACUG